AUGUGGACACGUCCUUCUUCUAUGGAACACUCAACCCUAUUUAUCAGCUCUAGAGGAAAUGAUAGUCAUCUGCAUAUUGUAAGGAAUGAUGAUCAGUCAAUCCCAGAAGGAGAUGGUCCAAAAGGAAACAAUCCUUCCUCGAAAAGCAGCCAAUCCAAUGAGAUUGGCUCCCAGAAAUCCCAUCAUAAAACCUUGGAUUGGAGAGAGUUUAGAGCAGCUCUCUAUUGUCAGGAGCAGGCUGAAAGUGCAGACUCCGACACUAACAAGAAAGAUGGGGCACUAAUUGAGUCCAAACCUCUAGAUCUAAAAUGGGCGCAUCCUAUUUCAUCCCCUGAGACGGGCUGUGUUCUUGUUGCCACGGAAAAGCUUGAUGGAGUUCGCACCUUUGAACGAACUGUUGUUCUCCUCCUCAAAUCUGGUACCAGGCACCCACAAGAGGGGCCAUUUGGAGUUGUCAUAAACCGUCCACUUCACAAGAAGAUAAAAAAUAUGAAACCUACUAAUCUGGAUCUGGCAACCACAUUUUCUGAUUGUUCUUUGCAUUUUGGUGGGCCCCUUGAUGCAAGUAUGUUUUUGUUAAGAACAGGGGGGAAGUCACAGGUUCCGGAGUUUGAAGGGGUAAUUCCUGGCCUGUGCUUUGGUGCUAGAAAUAGUUUAGAUGAAGCUACCGGAUUGGUGAAAGCAGGGGUGUUAAAGCCUCAUGAUUUCAGAUUCUUUGUUGGAUAUGCUGGGUGGCAACUAGAUCAGUUGAUCGAAGAAAUUGAAUCGGAUUAUUGGUACGUUGCUGCAUGUAGUGCGAACUUGAUUUUUGGAAAUUCAAAUUCUUCAUCAGAGGAUUUGUGGGAAGAGAUUUUGCAGCUAAUGGGUGGCCACUACUCUGAACUGAGCAGGAAGCCUAAGCAAGAUAUGUAG